AUGGUUUUAACAGAAGAAGAAAUCACAAGGCUUUACAGAGUCCGAAAGAAUGUAAUGCAAAUGCUGAAAGAUCGGUACCGGUGGCUCUGGGGAAGUCGGAAUAGGAGGCACUCAUAUUGGAGAAGUCAGAAUAGGAGAGCACUCAUCUUGGUUCUUGUGUUUCAGAUUUAUGUCUUCUUUCCGGACGAACCAAAGCUUGGGGUCAAGACAAUGAAGACUUAUACCAACCGCAUGAAAUCGGAGAAUGUGUUCAGAUGA